AUGCCUCGAACAAACAUCAUUGAGGUAGAUUUAUUCGAUGUUUGGGGCAUUGAUUUCCUCGGUCCCUUCCCUUUGUCUUUUGGUCACAAGUACAUCUUGGUAGCUGUAGAUUACAUGUCUAAGUGGGUCGAGACUAAAGCUUAUCCAACAAAUGAUGCUAGGGUUGUAAUAAAGUUUUUGCAGAAACAUGUGUUAACAAGGUUUGGAACCCCAAGAGCUAUUAUCAGCGAUGAAGGGUCCCAUUCUGUGAACAAGUGGCUGAAAUGGUUGUUAGAUAAACAUGGAGUGAAACAAAAGGUCGCUACAGCUAACCAUCCGCAGACGAAUGGGCAAGCUGAACUGGACAGCAUACAAGACACCUUUAAGGAUGUCACACUACAGGUUGGUCUUUGGGAAAGCUUGUCAUCUGCCCUUGGAGUUAGAACACAAAGCUUACAGGGCCCUUUGACAACUCAACUUGGAUCUUAA